AUGGAAGCAACCAAUUUUGAUGGGUUUAUAUAUCCAAUUAUCUUUUGCCUAAUGCAAAAGGGUCCUCUCUUCUUUUGCAGAGCAACAAGUAGCAAAAAGUUCCCAGCGGCAAAAGCGACAAUGAUAAGCGGUAGCAAAAGUUUUCGUCCGCCACGCAACGCAUUCACAGAAGUUUCCUUGUCCUCGCCAUUAUUGUUACUUUUACAAUUGUUCCGUCAAUACUUUAAUUCUUGA